UUCAUGCAAUACACCCCAUAUUGUUGAUGUUGACAUAUAUAUAGAGCGAGUUAUCAUUCCUUGUCGCGUCGUGUCAAGUCUUGUUUUUAAAAUUAUUACUCUUGGGAUUUGAGAUGAGUAAGUAGCUACGCGUAAUAAGUAGGUAUAGUUGAAGUUGAGGUACAACCAAGUGUUUGCUGUGAAAUCACGAAUUCAAUUGAUACUUGAUCAGGUAAACGUAAACAGCGAUUGCAAGUGUAUUAUUACAUUAAUAAUAUAUACCAAUGUCGCAAACGCGUGAAGAAUCACCAGAGCCUAGUUCUGCGUGUUGUAACAAACUUGAAAAUGAUUGUCAGAGUGAAAUAACAUGUGAAAUUCCAGAAAACCAUGUAAAAACUGCCACUGUUCCCGAAUGUGCUGUAUGUUUGCAAAAUUGCAUCCAUCCAGCUCGUCUUCCCUGCAACCAUGUAUUCUGCUAUCUGUGUAUCAAGGGUGUUGCAAAUCAAAGCAAGCGCUGCCCAAUGUGUCGCCAAGAAAUUCCAGCAGGCUUUCUGGAACACCCACAAUUACUCGAAGUUAGUUUAUCGGACAAAAGGGAAGUUACAGUCAUCGACACAGAACAAACUCCACAAGAGGAAUAUCAAUGGUUUUACGAAGGAAAUAAUGGUUGGUGGCAAUAUGAUCCCCGUACAAAUGCAGAGUUGGAAACUGCAUACAAACAGGGAAAACAGACGUGUGAACUAUUGAUUGCUGGAUUUUUGUACAUUGCCGAUUUCACUUCCAUGUUUCAAAUUCGUCGCAAUAAUCAUUCGAGAAGAAGACGCAUCAAACGCGACCUGUGCAGCGCACCAAAAAAAGGAAUAGCAGGAUUAAGAUUAAACGAUUCGACGGCAGUGUGUGAUCACCGUAGCAUUCAACAAACCGUUGAAUCGCAUGAUAGUCAAUCUACUAAUUCAUCGGGACCGUCUUUGGCUGAUCAAGCAUCGUCCACGCUAAUUUUGGAAAAUGUAAUUGGUGACAGUGCUGCUGGAUCAACUGCAGCCGCACAUGUGGAACAACAAACGAUUUCGUUACAUCAGAUAAUUCCUCGUUAUCCCAGUAACAUGAGACGUCAUCCCGCCCCGUUGGUUCAUCGGAUAAGAAACAGGCGUAAAAGGUCCAUCAUCUACAUUGCUUUGUAAUUAUCUACUUGACCUGCUAAAGAAACUAUCAAGAUUUUGUUAAAAUUGAUAUUAAAAAUUAAAUUAUUUUUUUGUAAAAUGCUACAACGUAAGAACCAUAAUUAGUAAAAAUUAAUUUGGAAUGUGAUUGCUAUUAACUAUUCACUGUACAAAUUGCAUAACAUAUAGACGUAUUUUUAAUGUAAUAAGAAAAAACAGUGAUUCAUCUAUUUUGCAGUUUGAGGUUGAUUUAUAAAAAAAAAUAAUAUGCCUACCACUUACGUUUUUAAGUUUUUUGACAAUUUUAAUGAAAAGAGCCCACGACCUGCACUCACUGUUGCAGUCUUCAAAAGCUAUACAUUAUAUCAAUUAUAUGAGCAUGAGAUAAUUGAUAUUUUUUCGCUAUUUCGAACAUUCGAAUUUGCAUGGAUUGGUAUACUCCCGCUCUUACGGAAUCCCGGUCACGACAUCUAUAUAAAAACGUAUAAACACAUUAUUGAGACUGAAUUGACAACUACA